AUGCCCAAGAAGAAGCCGACGCCCAUCCAGCUGAACCCGGCCCCGGACGGCUCCGCGGUUAACGGGACCAGCGCGGCGGAGACCAACCUGGAGGCUUUGCAGAAGAAGCUGGAGGAGCUGGAGCUCGAUGAGCAGCAGCGGAAGCGCCUUGAGGCCUUUCUUACCCAGAAGCAGAAGGUGGGGGAACUGAAGGAUGAUGACUUUGAGAAGAUCAGUGAGCUGGGUGCUGGCAAUGGUGGUGUGGUGUUCAAGGUCUCCCACCAGCCAUCCGGCCUGGUUAUGGCCAGAAAGCUAAUUCACCUUGAGAUCAAACCUGCGAUCCGGAACCAGAUAAUAAGGGAGCUGCAGGUUCUACAUGAGUGUAACUCCCCAUACAUUGUGGGCUUCUAUGGUGCAUUCUACAGCGAUGGAGAGAUCAGCAUCUGCAUGGAGCAUAUGGAUGGGGGUUCCUUGGAUCAAGUCCUGAAGAAAGCUGGAAGAAUUCCUGAACAAAUUUUAGGAAAAGUUAGCAUUGCUGUAAUAAAAGGCCUGACAUAUCUGAGGGAGAAACACAAGAUUAUGCAUAGAGAUGUCAAGCCUUCUAACAUCCUAGUGAACUCCCGUGGGGAGAUCAAGCUCUGUGACUUUGGAGUCAGCGGGCAGCUCAUCGACUCCAUGGCCAACUCCUUUGUAGGCACAAGGUCCUACAUGUCGCCGGAGAGACUCCAGGGGACUCAUUACUCGGUGCAGUCGGACAUCUGGAGCAUGGGGCUCUCUCUGGUGGAGAUGGCGGUUGGGCGGUAUCCCAUCCCUCCUCCAGAUGCCAAGGAGCUGGAGCUGAUGUUUGGGUGCCAGGUGGAGGGCGAUGCGGCUGAGACACCAGCCCGGCCACGGACCCCGGGGAGGCCCCUUAGCUCUUAUGGAAUGGACAGCCGACCGCCCAUGGCAAUUUUUGAGUUAUUGGAUUACAUAGUCAAUGAGCCCCCUCCAAAACUGCCCAGUGGAGUAUUCAGUCUGGAAUUUCAAGAUUUUGUGAAUAAAUGCUUAAUAAAAAACCCUGCAGAGAGAGCAGACUUGAAGCAACUCAUGGUUCAUGCUUUUAUCAAGAGGUCUGAUGCCGAGGAAGUGGAUUUUGCAGGUUGGCUCUGCUCCACCAUCGGCCUUAACCAGCCCAGCACACCCACUCACGCGGCUGGUGUCUAA